CGGUGGAACGUUCUCGAACUCGCCCUCUUGGUUCGUCUUCCGUUCUUUAGGUUCUGUAGACGCGCUUCCGCAGCAGAUCCCGAUCUCUCGCGCGAUGGCGAAGGGCGCAUCCCUGCUUCUGCUGCUACUCUCAUCGAUGCUGCUUCUGGCGACGGAAGCUGCGGCGGUGGCGGCUGAGGGGGCGCUGCCGAACAAAUCGUCGUCGCUCGGUGGAUUCGUCUGGGCCACUGGAAAGGGCGAGGGUGACCUUAUUGCCAUGGUAGAAUCUCCGGAGGAAUCCUUUCCGGUGGAAGACGAGAUUUCCGGAGGUUUCUCCUCCUUGGAAGGCAUGUUGCAGUGGGCGAUAGGUCAUUCUGAUCCUGAAAAAUUGAAAGAAAAAGCCAAGGAUGUUCAAGGAUUAUCUGGAGAUGAACUGAAAAAGAGGCAAUUAGAAAUAAAGGAUCUGAUGGAGAAAUUAAAAGUGCCGUCAGAUGCAGAAUUGAUGAAAAUAGCAAUUGCUGACUUGAAUAAUUCUUCUAUCACAUUGGAAGACCGACAGCGUUCUCUGGAUGAACUCCUUUUUCUUGUUGACCCAAUUGAUAAUGCAAAUGACCUUGACAAACUAGGUGGACUUGUGGUGGUGAUACGAGAACUUGAUAAUUCUGAGGCAGACAUCCGAACCACCUCUGCAUGGAUUCUUGGGAAAGCCAGUCAAAAUAAUGCACUUGUUCAAAAUCAGAUCCUUACAUAUGGAGGACUAGUAAAAUUAAUGAAGAUGGUUGGCUCCAGUUCUAAAGAAGAAGCCAUAAAAGCAUUGUAUGCUGUUUCAGCUUUGGUCCGUAAUAAUGAGAUUGGUCAGAAGAUGUUUUAUGCAGAGGAAGGCAAUAUAAUGCUGCAGGACAUAAUGAGUAACUCUAGCGUCGACAUCCGACUUCGCAAAAAGGCAGCUUUUCUGGUUGCAGAUUUAUCAGACUAUCAACAACAAUAUGCAGAUAAUUCAAUGCUGCAUUUCCUAGGUGACCGCUUCUUUUUGAAGGCUGUAGUGGAUCUAUUAUUAACCCCAGACCUUGAUCUUCAGGAGAAGGCGUUAUUGGCAGUUAGAAGCCUGCUGCAGCUUACCUCUACAAUUGCUUCAGACCUCAGAGAUUUUUGCCGUUUGGAUCAGGUACUGGAAAGUAUGAGGGAAGGUCUUGAUAAUUCAAAUGUAGAAGAGGACCUGAAAGAUUAUUCUGACGAAAUUGAAAGCCUUCGUAAAGAAGUGCUCAUGCUAUUUCACAACAAGCUCAGCAAUAUUUGGUCAGUUCCUACAUGACAAUAGUUCACGCAUAAAAGUACCUUAUGCUUCGGCAAUGAUGGAGGCAUCAAUUGCUUCAUGGUGAUAAUACUAUAAACCUCAAGGCUUUUUUGCUUAGUAUGUUUUCCUUGUAGCGAGAAAUUCCUGUUACCGGUCAAGUGAAGUCCCUGUACAUAUCUUCAUUAGUUGAGUUGUUAUGCCAUUGAUCAAAUUUUACCGCAUGAACUGAAUUAUUCAGCUUUGUGCACUUGAUGACAUUGUAUAACUUAAGGGCACCUGUAUCACGUAUUCCAGCUGUAUGUGGAUUGGAUGGAUCUUAAGUUAAUCCUUCUUGGUUGCUUCUUGCAGUA